AAAUAACAACACACACACACACACCUCCGCGCACAAGCAAGUGCCUCCCCUGGGGGGGUUUCUAGUCCCAAAUAUCCUCGCUUGCUGGGAUUCAGCUUGAUGUGUGUUUGAAUCGAGGAAAAAAAAAGUGGAAGAAAAAAAACAAGGCGCUUCUUCCUCGCAUUGCGCGUCAUUCAAACAGGACUCGGUGUACUGCUUUUCUCUCUGUUGCAUUAGUAAUAACAGCGGCUUUGACGAGAGUCAGUGGGAGAGAGUGUGUGUGUCUCCCGACAGCGGUGCCCAGCAGAGGAAUACUUGACCUUUUUUUAUUUACUCUGCAGCUUGUUGUUCGUUUUUCCCGGCGGUUAUGGUGGACAGUCACGCGCCAGCGUAGAGGACAGCGACUUCUCACCUGGUGUGUUUCCGCGAAGGAAAUAUACCUGCCAUCUUUUUUUUGUGUGUGUUAAAUCUGGUGAACCUACACCGCCGCCUAAACCACCGCCUAAACCCCCCAUCCCUAAUCCAACCACCUUUCCAAGCGACAGACCACAACAACAGCAAGUUUCCCCCCUCAGGGAUGAAAUAUGCAAACUCAGCACCCGUAGAUGAAAGCAGUCAACGCUUAGAGUGAAGGGAAACUUGGUUUUAAAUCAUGAUGAUGCAGGAGUCGGCCACAGAGACAAUAAGCAACAGUUCAAUGAGUCAAAAUGGAAUGAGUGCCCUAAGCAGCAGCCAAUUAGAGGCUGGCAGUAGAGAUGGGAGAUCAAGCGCUGGUGACACAAGCAGCGAAGUAAGCACAGUCGAGCUGCUGCAUCUGCAACAACAGCAGGCACUACAAGCAGCGAGGCAAUUACUCUUGCAGCAGCCAGGCAGUGGCCUGAAAUCUCCAAAGAGCCAGGACAAGCAGCGUCCACUGCAGGUUCCUGUGUCCGUGGCCAUGAUGAGUCCCCAGGUGAUCACGCCACAACAGAUGCAGCAGAUCCUCCAGCAGCAGGUGCUCUCCCCCCAGCAGCUCCAAGCCCUGCUCCAGCAGCAGCAGGCUGUGAUGCUGCAGCAGCAACACCUGCAGGAGUUUUAUAAGAAACAGCAGGAGCAGCUUCACCUGCAGCUCCUCCAGCAGCAGCAGCACCCUGGCAAACAGGUCAAAGAGCAACAGCAGCAGCAGCAGCAACAGCAGCAGCUGGCCGCCCAGCAGCUCGUCUUCCAGCAGCAGCUCCUGCAGAUGCAGCAGCUCCAGCAGCAGCAGCACCUGCUCAACAUGCAGCGGCAGGGCCUGCUCUCGCUGCCGGGGCCCACCCCCGGCCAGGCCGCCCUGCCCGGACAGACCCUGCCCCCACCAGGUGGUUUGAGUCCGGCAGAGCUCCAGCAGUUGUGGAAAGACGUGACAGGCGGCGGGGGUCACAGCAUGGAGGAAAACGGCAUCAAACACAGCAGCGGCGGGACGGGCACGGGCACAUGCGUGGGCGGCGGCGGCGGCGGUUUAGACCUGACCACGAGCAACACCUCCUCAACUACCUCCUCCUCCAACCCCGCCAAAGCGUCGCCCCCCAUCUCUCACCACUCCCUGACCAACGGACAGUCGCCCGCCCUCAACCACAGAAGAGAGCGCGAGAGGGAGAGUUCCCUACACGAAGAGAACGGAGGAACCCACCCCCUGUACGGUCACGGCGUGUGCAAGUGGCCCGGCUGUGAGAACAUCUGCGACGACUUUGGACAGUUUUUAAAGCAUCUAAACAACGAGCAUGCUCUGGACGACCGCAGCACAGCCCAGUGUCGAGUCCAGAUGCAGGUGGUGCAGCAGCUGGAAAUACAGCUUUCUAAAGAACGCGAGCGUCUUCAGGCGAUGAUGACCCACUUGCACAUGAGACCCUCGGAACCUAAGUCAUCUCCCAAACCACUCAACCUGGUCUCCAGCGUCACCAUGUCCAAGAACCUGCCUUCGGCGUCUCCCCCAAACUUACCUCAGACCCCCACCACGCCCACCGCCCCCAUCACCCCCAUGGCCGCCAUGCCCCAGGUGCCGUCGGUGCUGGGCGGGGCAAACGUCCCCAGCAUGGGGGCCAUGCGGCGACGCCACUCGGACAAAUACUCCAUGCAGCUAUCGUCAGGUGGUGACACAGUAUUUAUUUUUCCAGAGAUCGCCCCAAACUACGAGUUUUAUAAGAAUGCAGAUGUCAGGCCGCCGUUCACUUAUGCAACCCUCAUAAGACAGGCAAUCAUGGACUCUGCUGACAUGCAGCUAACGCUCAACGAGAUCUACAGCUGGUUCACGCGCACCUUCGCUUACUUCAGACGCAACGCCGCCACUUGGAAGAAUGCAGUUCGCCACAACCUCAGCCUGCACAAGUGCUUUGUGCGCGUGGAGAAUGUGAAGGGGGCGGUGUGGACGGUGGAUGAGGUGGAGUACCAGAAGCGCAGGUCACAGAAGAUCACAGGAAGUCCGUCUCUGGUCAAGAACCUGCCAUCCAGUCUCGGUUAUGGAAAUGCACUGAAUGCCAGCUUACAGGCGGCACUGGCCGAGACUUCCCUGCCCUUGCUGGGCAACCCGGGCCUCAUGAGCAGCGCCGCCGGCCCGAUGGGAGGCAGCUGCCAUGGCCUUCUGGGCGGAGAUCCAUCCGUGCUCACCGGCGGGAGUCCGCCCGGGAUGUUAGGUGGGAGCCCACCGGGAAUGUUGGGCGGAAGUCCGCCUGGCUUGCUUGGCGGCAGCCCCCCAGGCACGCUGAGCGGGAGCUCCCCCGGCUUGUUGCAGACCGGCCACGAGGAGCUCAACGGCACCCUGGACCACCUGGACACCAACGGACACGGCAGCCCCGGAUACUCUCCCUCUGCGCACAUGCCGUCCGUACGCGUGAAGGAGGAGCCGCUCAAUAUGGACGACGACGACUGUCCGAUGUCGCUCGUGACGACGGCCAAUCACAGUCCGGAGCUGGAGGACGAUCGGGAGCUGGAGGAGGGGAACCUAUCGGAAGACCUGGAGUGACUAGGAGGCACCUUUUGGUUCCCCACGCCCCCUCCACCCAGCCGCACUGUUUGGCCCUCACAGACCUGCGAACCUAGAACCACUCCACGGACCGGCACCUCCUCGCCGCUCUCACCACUGGGACUAUUUAUUUGAGCAUGAAUCCGGACAGAGACCGACCCCCCCUCCCCCCCCUACAAACAAACAAACAAACAAAAAAAGGAACUCCUGGAUGGAGCCCAAAGGCGGCAGACAUGAGAUGUCUGUUUUUCUCCAAAAGAACCUCGAUUCUUUCACGGUGGCGUGGCCACAAACGCUACAAAGAGACUCACCGACGGAGGAGGAGGAGGAGGAGGAAGAAAACACCAACCUAUAAGCACGUCAUGUUGGGUUGAAGCUAAGCAGCCUCAUAUAUACUGCCAAAAAGGAAGACAUUUUCUGUUUGUGAAUAAACCCACCAUAGUUAUUAAUGUCUAGAGACGAUUGCUGGUUCAAUUCAAGUUGUUCUCAUUUGCACAGGAGUAGUCUCAGAAGUUUGUGUCACUGCCUGUAUGUUGCUACUAUAAUUAUAGACAAAAACAGUUCAUUUUUUAGCUUUCUAAUUCUUUUACAUUUUUUUUCUUUUUUUUUUUUACCAUUCUUAGUUUCUAAAUCUGAUUUUCGGCCCCGCCAACUGUAAAUGCCAUUACACCCGAGUCAUGCCAGUAACAGAACCGCGAUACCAAGACUGUUCCAACCGAGAGACAAAAGAAAAAAAGACCAAAAAGAGACUAAAAGAAAAGCUGGCUUCCAGUCGAUUUCAAGAAGGAAAAAAAAGACAUUUGUUUCUUUCGGCUCCAUUUACAAAAAAAAACAAACCCCAACCCUUUUUCUCUGCUGUCCUUCCUUACCUCUGAGUUUGAAAGCUUUGUCUUACCUGCAAACAGUCACAGACAACAGCUAGAAACCAAAGCCAACACUAACAACGGCCAAAAGCUUACAGGCAGAAGCCUCCAAACUCCUCUUGGUCUGCCUUCUGUGACUUUAAAUCAGUACAAAGAGACGCUUUCGUUCCACUAACUACCUUGGAAAAAAACAAACAAAAAAAAAAAACCUCUGGGAUUGUUUAGCCCAAUACAAAGAUGAUCACGAGAAAGAGCACGCUGAGGAAACGCUGACGGUUUAAUGCUUUUAUUUCUGUCUUUCUUUACUCUUGUGAUAGGAGAACGUAUCCGACGUCCACUUUGGAAGCUAAAAUGAUCCGAGAGCAGCUCGUGGUAAAAGUGGACCAAAGCAUUUGUGCAUUUCGUUGGAAACAUUUUUAUUUUUUUAACUACAGCUCUUUUUUAGAUUUUAUGUUGGAGUGUCGAUUUUGUUUUGUUUUCUGUCGUGGUCACGUCUCCUGUUGUUCUUUUUGUGUUCUGAGCAGCGUGGAAAACUGAAAACCGACUUUAACCAAACGUGAAAAAUAUCUAGUAAAGCCAAAAAAGUCAUAAUUUCAACUUAAUAUGAAAUGAUGUGGCUUGGUUAAUAAAAAAAUGCAAAUUAGCCAUUGCAGAAGAGGAUAUUUAAGGGGGAAAAGUUCACAUUUUCUAGGUGGGAUUUGCACCAAAUAAACGUGAAGGAAAACAAAAACAGGAGGGAAAUCGGACAUUUCCAAACAGCAUUUGUCACCUAGAAAAGUGUUGCUUUAAUGGUCAUUUCUGUUUUCAGUAAACCAAAGUUACACAAAGUUCUGCCUCCUCUAGUCUGGGAUAAACACACACACACACACACACACACACACACACAAACUUAGGGGUCAGCUUUUCUGAGUUUUUUGGCUCCAGCAGCAAAAAGUGUGUUUUUAACUGAUUUCGUGUCACGCUACAACUAGUUCUGACCAAAAAGUAAGGAAAAAGCCCAUUGACUGUAUAUGAGAACUGGACUGAGUGACUCCGCCCUCCCCUUGCGUUUAAACAGGAAGUACCUGUUGGCUCCAAGAAGCCAACAUCCCAUAGACUUCUAUUGAGAAAUAAACAGUUAUUACUCAGCCAAAAUCUCACAAUAUUGUUUCCUUUAGUGCAACGUAUUGAAAAUGAAGAACUGCCCAAUCAGAUGCCUCGAUACAAAAAUGUUGUCUCAUGUCGAACAAUCGAAACGUUUGAUUGGCAGAUUCUCUCAAAUCUUCAAUCUAGUGGUAGGGGUGCGGCCCGCCAACAAGCUCACUCCCGAAUGGCCAGAGUGGUUGCCAUAGAAACGACGAAUCAAAAUGGCGUCUUGAUUUUCUACGGGUGACAUCACACUCACUCGGUCCGGUUCCCACUUACAGUCAAUGCGUCCAGCAGCUCAAGAGGUCACGCGGUCCCAGGAACGAAGCUCGUCCCCACAACACCGAGCUGGAGGCGGCGACUUGAAGAUCAAAAUCUUUAUCGCACCAAAAAACAACAACAAAAAAUAUGGGGAGGGGGGGAGGGGUUCUCCCCACUUUUACCCCAAAAAAAGGUUUUUCUGAAAGCUUCUACCUCUGCACAGCCAAUCCCCAACAUUUAACGCCAGAUCGCACCGCACGAGUUACCAGAACGCCAUGACUCGUAGGGCGUGGCUCCAACCCAGCGUUUACACCCCCCACCCCACCCGUCCCCCCUCCCCGCGUUUCCCACUUGGAAGAUCUGCGUUGUAAUGUCCGCAAGCAUUUUGUAGAAUGGUGAUGUAUAGAUUACCUGUAAGGGAAUAAUUGUGUUUGAAAACAUGCAUGUCUUGGGGAAAAAUGAAAAAUAUUUUUAAAAAAAUAAAGGAAAAAAGAAUCAUUUGAUGGACUGGAAACAAGAAUAUAAUAUUAUGAAUCAACUUAUCGAGGACGAUGGCCUAAAUGCAUCACAGUGCAUUACCUCAGAUAUCCUGGCUUUGGGAGGGGUGAGACCUGUCAGCACCAGAAUGCAUAUUACCUGUAGAUUUGCAUGGGUUUUUGUAUAAAUUCCAAAAAAAAAAAGUCUAAAAUAGUUGCUUGCACAAAAUACCAGAAAGACCUCCAGAACUUGCGACCUGCUCCUCCAUUAGAUUUUAGGUCUGGAUUUUUUUCUGGGUUGAUUUUUGUCUGUAUUUUGAUAACUGUGCAUACUUAUGUAAAAAGGUUCAAAAAGAGGAGAAAAAAAACAAAAAGGAAAAAAAAAAGCGUUGGUGGACCCAUAAAUUUACCAGACUUUUUUCUAAGAGGAAAAAAACAAAACAAAAAAAAAAAAAAAUUCUGUGUUUCUUUUCUGACUUAAGCUGAAUUUUUACUGUUUCUCUCUCAUUGCUCGCGAAUAGCAAAACCUGCUUUUUCUGCAUCUGCUUUGCGUAGCUGUAAGGCUUAACCUAAUGUGUGUAUUUAUUGCUUGUACCUCUGUGCAUACUUUAUGAAGCAUUAUGUCUGGCAGUUGAGUCAUGUAUCCUUUCUACUGCUAUCCUUCUCUAAUAAUUGAGAAUAUGAUCCCCCUAUGUAUACAGUAAAUUGGGACUGUAGCAAACAUAUGUUUAUGUAAUUGGUGUUUUUUUUUAUUUCCUUUUGAUCAGGAUCCAAUUUUAAUUUUUUAUUUUUUUAUUAUUCUUUUUUUUAUACUUCUCAUUACUGUGUACUGUGUCCAUACGUUAACGCUUCUCUGACAUUAGAAGGUCAUGGUUGAGAAUUGUAACAAGACAUUCUUUUAUUUCUGUAUUCAUGGCAUUUCACUGCUGAAUAAAAUAAAGGACCAAAACUUGGAAA